AUGCAAACCAAGGCCCUCUACAUUUUGGAGGUAUAUACUGGUGGAAGGCCUCCUGUGAAGGAUUUCACUCUCAAGAAACUGAAGAGGACAAGUGAUUUAACUGGUGCAGAGCUGGGCAUCGUCUUCAAAGAAGUUCAGGAGGUCUUGAGUACCAUUAAGUCAUGGAAUGCCUCUGACCCUGAGCAGCACUUGAUACAGCUAUCAGAACUGAAAAAUAACCUGAUUGACAAAACAAAGAGCUAUAUUGAGGAAUCAGAGAGCUUUCCUAAAAGAGUUUUCAUUAUGACCUGGCUGAAUGAAUCAAGACGGGAAACAAAGAAAGAAGAGUCUGUGAAGAAUGUGUCUCAACUAUGCAACAUUUUCCAGCUAGUAAAAAUGGAAAUUCAAAAUACUUCUUCUCUGAAAGACUUGCAGGAAGUGAAGACAACCAGUGCAAUCAGUCUGGAAUUCUUUUUGGAUGACCCAGACAUUUCUAAAGAUAACACCGAUUGCAGUGUCAAACCAGCAAGCCUUCACUUCAUGGAUGUCCAGAUGGCUGUCUAUCACUGCUCUGACAUGUUUCUCUGGCAGUACAUCACAUCCAAGCUCUCGAUUUGCCAGUUUGCUCUUCCAUUGUUAGUGCCCAAUCCGUCCACUACAAAGAUUGAAUUGCCAAUAUGGUCCUUUAGACCACUGAAAAGGAGUUGGAAAUGUGCAGAUACACUCAGCAACCAAAGUGCUCCCCUGAAGAGCAUCACUGCUAACAUCUGUAGCACACCAGUGCCUAUGGUGACAUUCAUGCGGUUUGGCCGUUGCACUUCAUCAAAGUCCCAGAUCAUGAAUGGUUUAUUAAACCAUCAAAAGCAUGACACUUUUUAUCACAGGGAUUGCAAAGGAAGCAGUAAUGAGAGUCUGCUAAUGGAUGGGGUUGUAGAGAUCUCAUGGUACUGUCCAGCUGGAAAUAAGGAUGACCAGUUUAAUGAGUGUAUUGCAUUUACAAAUCUCCGAGGGGAUGCACGAAAACAUGACAGGCAAGUCCAGUUUCUUUUAGAAACUUCAAGCAUCAAUGUUGUUGUUCUGAUGGAAGAUUAUCUGGAUUCAAAAGGUAAAGAAAUAUUAACACAGCUUGUGCAAUCUCCAAAUCCUCUAAUCUGCUUGUAUGCAGAUAAAACAAACAUUGCAAAAGGAAAUCACGAGACCAGAGUGAAAUUAGCUCUGAGGAAUCGAAAUCAGUCUGAACUUAUUCAAGAACUAGCAGAGUGCAUUCAGGGCCUUCUGACAAAAUCCAAUGUGAAAUUCAGCAUUGAACAGGGUGCUGAUGUUGCUAGAAGACUUCAUUUUUUAGUAGAUGAAGAUGACAAAGAUUGCACUGCCGCUAAAAAGAUGGCAGAAACUGCAGUGAAGCCAUUAAGAGAGAUGUCACUGUCAGAUGCUAAAGAAAAGUUCAUUCCACUUCAAGGGAAUUUAUGGCACAACUGGUGUAAAAAAAAUAAAGAAACCAAUCGCCUACGGGCAAAUGAAAAUCGAACCAUUGAGCAACAAAGAGGUGACAUUGAAAUGGAAAAAAAUCAUCUUCGAAAAGAACAGUAUAAGAGAGCUUUUCCACUAAAUAAUGUCAUGAGGGAAUUUAUUCAGUAUGUCAACUCUCGAUCCACAAUAAGACAAAAGUUCUUCCUGGCAUGGUUAGGACAAAUUCUGAAUGAUCUAACAUCAAGAAAGCUUCAAACACUGAAUGAAAAGCAUUCUGAAUUGUGUGCAAAAAUGGAAGAGCAAAAGAAGAAGAGGCAAAAUACAGACAUCAUCAAAAAAGAAAUUGAGGUAUCUUCUGCCAGACUUGUGGCUUCCACUUUGGGUCUGGAACAUCUCCUUCGAGAAGUUGGUCAGAUCUAUGAGACACUGGCAUCCCAGCAUAUGAAAAAUGAAAUGUUUCUGUGUCUACCACAACUUGCUGCUGACCUCAUGAUUUCUGGGCAUCCCAUUGAACUGAUGGAUGGAGACGCUUCUCAUGUUGCUAUUACCUGGGUGAGUUCAGUCCUUGAACAGGUUAUUGCUAAGCUGGGAGACAAAAGAGUUUUUGUUCUUUCCGUUUUAGGAAUUCAGAGCACUGGGAAGUCAACUUUGCUGAAUGCCAUGUUUGGUCUUCAGUUUGCUGUGAGUGCUGGUCGUUGCACCAGAGGAGCCUUCAUGCAGCUACUUAAAGUCAAGCAUGAAAAUAAUGAACUCAACUUUGACUAUGUGCUGGUGGUCGACACUGAAGGACUUAAAGCUUUAGAGCUCGGAGACAAAGCUACUCUGAAACAUGACAAUGAGCUUGCAACAUUCGUAAUUGGCAUUGGCCAGCUGACUCUGAUCAAUAUAUUUGGGGAGAACCCUUCUGACAUACAGGAUAUUCUUGAAAUAUCAGUGCAGGCCUUUAUGAGGAUGAAAAAAGUAAAACUGUCUCCAAGCUGCAUUUUUGUUCAUCAGAAUGUUGGAGAAAUAACAGCAGGAGAAAAGAAUAUGGAAGGAAGAAGGCGGCUGCUGGAGAGGCUGGAUUUCAUGACGCAAACUGCAGCAAAACAGGAGAUGUGUGAUAUCUCACGAUUUACAGAGGUCAUCAAGUUUGACAUCAACAGGCACGUCCACUAUUUCAGUCACCUUUGGGAAGGAAAUCCUCCAAGCCCACCAAACCCAAGAUACAGUGAAAAUAUUCAGAAAUUGAAGCAAUCUCUGUUUUCUGAAGAAAUGCAAGAGGGGAUUAUAAAGAUUUCAGAAUUUAAAACCCGCAUGGAGGACCUCUGGUCUGCUCUUCUGGAUGAGGACUUUGUCUUCAGUUUCAAGAAUACAUUGGAGAUUGCAGCGUAUAGGAAGGUGGAGGAGAAGUAUGCAGACUGGAGCUGGCGGCUGAGGAGCCACAUGCUUGAGAUUGAGAACGAGCUUCGCAACAGCAUUGAAAAUCAAACACUGCAAGAUACGGGAGAUUUCAAAUUGGAUGAAAAAAUUCAGGUGAAAUAUAAAGCAAUUACAAAGGAGGUGAAUGAGUACUUCAGUAAAGAAAAAGAUAAAGACUUAAUAAUUCAGUGGAAAGCAAAAACUGAACUUGGUUUGAAGGAUCUCCAAUCAGAGCUUGUCAAAGGGACUGAAAGGAAAUUAACUGAUUUAAUUAAAAUGAAGCAGGGUCUGAAAAAAGUAGAAGAGCAGAAAGGAAAGUACGAGUCGGAGCUGAUGAAGAAGAGCCAGGAUUUGGCACGAGAGAUUAAAGGUAAAAAUUUGACAUUACAAGAACUAGAAAAUGCCUUUCAGAAGAUGUGGACUCAGUGGGUGACUCGAGUGAAAUCAGAGAUGCCCGAUGUUCAGCCACCCAACAUAGAAGCCCAUGCUGAUGCAGUUUUGUUGGAAAACUUUGAAAGGAAACUAAUUGACUCCUGCAAACAGAGCAAGUCUUACAUCAGAAUCCUUUACGUUGAUGAUUAUUCCGCAUAUCUACAAAUGAACAAAGGAUACGUGUUUAAACACACCAUAAACCAGCAGGACCAGCUCUGUAUGAGAAACCUCACCAGCAGCAUAAUACAGGACAUUAAUGACUACAUUAAAGAAAAGGAGGCAGCCAGAGUCGAUUACAAUAAAAGCUUUAUGUAUGAAAUCAUCAACACAAUUUUAAAAGCAGUAAACAACUGUAAGUGUAACCAAAAUAGGUUUAAAAUUAAGAAGGAAUACGCAAUUGACUUAGCGUUACAUUUAAGAGGUAAUUUCAUACGCCGAUUUAAAGAGAUGAACCGUGUAUUUCAGAAGGUUAACAAUCCUCUGGAAUAUCUAGAAAAUAAAAAAGAAGACUACUUUGAGUGUUUUCAGAUUUACUGCAGCGGGGCGAGCGCAGCUACUGUGUUAGCAGACCGCGUCACUCGAGAACUAAAAAAAGCCAUCCGUCAGGAAGUCUACAAUAAAAGUUCUGCACUAAUAGCUACAGAAAUACGAUGUGGUGACCAAGCGUUAAAUGGAAAUAAAUCCAAUCUCGAGAAUCACAUCUUACUGUCUCUUUUAGAAAAUCUAGAUUUUAGAAGAUUGCUUUCAGAAGACAACAAAAUUCCUUACAGAGAUUAUCGGCAGGCAGGUCCCGAGUACGCCUGUUGGUCCAUCACACCAGAUAAGUCAUUGCAGCCAUUCUGGAAGUGGUUUGUAUGUCACUUUAAAGCAGACUUGGAGAAGAAAUACAAUGGGCGCUUAACUGACAUCCCUGAUCAUUGGAAAACCAUUACAAAGGAGAAUGUUAUUGAAGCACUGAAGAAAUAG